GUGUAUCUAAAUUACAAAUUGAAUCAAGUCAUCACUAAGAUUCGUCGAAGAACUUUGUGUUGCAUUGGACCUUUGGACAUCCGAAUUACUAUUAGUUAUUUCAAACAGAAUCCUAUUUCCUUUCAACUAUCUUGCGGGAAAGUUGAUUUGUCCCUUGUCGACUAUCAUUGGUGUCUGUAUUUGUCUCGUUGGUCUCGCUGGGAAUCUCAAGGAGUUAGAGGCUGCUGCAGAGCUCAGGGAGAAGUUUGUUCCAUCAAUCGUUUCAUAUAUUUUUAGGACCUGGGAUUAACUUGGAAAUAGACCUUCCUUUUACAUUUUUCAUCACCGCAAAGCUCCCUUGUCGACUAAUCCCACCCUCUAAUUCAGUAAUCACAAUGUCCACCAAUCCUAUUGUUCUUGCCCGUGGACACACUGAAGCAGUCACAACUUUGUCACUUUCUGAUCAUCUGCUGGCAUCUGGAAGUGCGGAUGGCAAUACCUAUUUCUGGUCUCUGGAUCAAAGUCCUUGUCCUGUUCUCCAGGCUCCAAGAUAUGGUCACUGUUCUAGUAUCAAAUUUAGUGUCAAACAAGAAAAUAUACUCUACGGGGCGUAUAGCCAAGAAAUUAUCUCGUGGGAUAUACGCAACUUAAGACAGCUAUUCGAUAUUUGGAAAGUUAAUGAAGGGAGAGUAAAUUCGAUUGACGUAUCUGAGACUGAAGACCGGCUGGCGUCAGCAGAUGAUACUGGUACAGUACAGAUUAUUGAUCUGAGUAAUGGUUCGCUUGUUCGUACUCUCAAGAAACAUGAUAACAGCGUGUCUUCAGUUAAGUUCCGACCGGGUCGUCCCUGGCAGCUGGUGAGCGGUGGUGUCGACUGUAAAGUUGUCGUAUCCGACUGGCGGGGAUCAGGCUUGGCGGUUAAUAUUUUUGAGCUGAGUGAAAUUGCUGACUACUCUGGCUCAGACUCAAACAAUGUUGAGGCUGACUAUUCUUAUAUAGACAGUAUAGAUGAUGAAUCCUUGAAUGUACUCCUCCGUUCCAACUCCACCAUGAACUUUGACGGGGGUAAUACCAGAACGAAUGACCGCAUUCGAGAUCGGUUCGCCGAGCAGAUUGCCCGGUUGUUUCUUAUCCCUACGCCAGUGUCAUUCAGUCGGGAUCGCCAGCGUCGUAACAUAUCAGUCAGACGUCCUUGCAUCAACUCAGUUUCCUGCUCGAUGUCCGGUGACAUCGUUGCUGCCUCACUUGAUAGCAAGACCAUUGAAUUGUUUUCCGGUUAUGGUAAAAAGUUGAUGCAUUAUGAAUCAUUGUAUGGUCACGAUGGUAGAGCAUCAACUGUACACUUUAUAAAUGAAACAUUACUAGUCAGUGGUUCAUGUGAUGAAAAUAUUUUUGUAUGGAAUAUUGAGUCAGAAGCUUAUGGCCAAGCUACAUAUCACGGUGAAGAAGUGAGCGCUUUUGAGGGUAGACGGCUUGAUCGUCUUAUCGUCGCGGAUUCCUCUCCUGUAAUUAAAGUACUGGAUUUGUCUGUCGAAUGAACUAUCAGCACCGUCAGUAUAGCUCUACGAAAUAUGCAGCGUCUUCUUCUGCUUCCUAUUUUUUAUAUUUUGUGUGUUAUAAUUAAAAUUAAGUUGAAAUGAUGAUUCGCAAAUGCUGUAUUCCUUUGUUUUUUGUACAUUCAACUUUCCUUUCAACAUUCCUAGGUUUCUAUAUGGUGUUCCCGUUUAUUUGUACAUGCAUUAACCUUUUUGCCGUUUUAAUCUAUUUUUCAUAUUAACUACGAUAUCCAUACGUAUAUGUACACAUAAAAACUGUCUACGUUUAAAUGGUUAUCAAUCGUUAUGUGCAUGUAUUGUAUAUAUGUAUAUGUUAGCCGUUUUUAUUUUUCUACCGAGUUUAUAAACUGUUAACUAUUUGUACUGUAUUAAAUUGUUAAACAUGUUAGUUAAGCUGUCAAUUUGUUUUCUUCUAAUAAUCCGGCUGCUAUUAUUGUUAGUAUCUCAUCAAACUUGUGAGUGAGGUCUUAGUUGGAUGUCGGGAAUGUAGGCAGGUGUCGAC